AUGACUAUCCAAAUAUACCCGGAUUCCAGAUAUCCAACUUCUAUCGUUCACUUUCCACCUGCUAAGGAUUAUAAAAUUACAGAGGAUACUCCUCUUUUCAUUUGGAUACCUGGUAAUCCAGGGCUUUUAGAAUAUUAUACUAAAAUGCUAAGGUCUCUCCACGAUAAAUACCCUACUUGGGAAAUCCUUGGAGUCUCCCAUGCUGGUAUGUCUAAUGGGAAUCAAAUUAAAAAUGUCUUAUCAACUAAAGUGUAUACUUUAGAUGAGCAGGUAUCUCAUAAAGUGGAAGUAAUUAACAAUUUUUCAUCUCCAAAGAGAAAUAUAAUCAUUAUGGGACACUCAGUUGGUGCCUAUAUGGCUCAACGAGUAAUUAUGGAUUCUAAUUUAAUUGGUAAUGUUAUUAAGUUAGGCCUGGUUACGCCAACUGUCGUUGAUAUUCACAGAUCAGUAAAAGGAAUAAAAAUGACAAGGGCAUUUAAUUUGUUUAGAGAGCUUCCUAUAUUUUUGGGACUUUUAAGCACGCUGGCUUUCAGUAAGCUAUUUCCUGCAAUAUUUACCAGAUGGUUGUUAACGAUUAUAAUGGGAUGUAAAAACAAUGAUAAUCACGCAGCAGAUGCUUCUACUGUGUUUCUAACGAAUGGAUCAUUUGUAAAGCAAUGCUUAGGAUUGGCUUCUCAUGAAAUGAAACAUAUCAGAGAUGACUGGAACUUUCAGAAACGUUUGAUCGACUAUUGUAAUAAAGAAAAUGUCUCUACGUGGUUUUUAUUUAGUAGUACAGACCAUUGGGUUUCAGAUGAUACACGAAAUGAAUUGAUCAACUUUUAUAGAACAAAUUGUAAGUCUGAUAUUUUAGAUGUUAGCGUAUCAAACAUUAUCCCACAUUCCUUCGUGAUCAAUUUCUCGGAUUUUACUGUCAACAGUUAUUUUUAA